UCCAGUGUGCCUGCGCGGUCUUUUGUUUCUUCCUGGUUAGUUGUAUCAGGUAGUUAGUUCCAGGCCGGCUAGAAACGCUUGAGCACGGGGUUCAGAAUGGCCCUCCAGAAGUGAAGCCUCAGAGGAGGCGCCGGGAAGGGAAGGGGUGUGAGGUCUCGGAGUGGACCUAGUGCAGCGCCGGGAGGGACCAGUGGGGGCCAACGCUCUAGACACCUGAAGGGCAGAGCUUUCCGACUUGUUAGGAGUUAACUCAGCAUCGGUACCGCAUUAUGCAGUCAUUAUCAGGAUGCAAAAUAAUGUACUCAGACUAAGCUGGCAAGUGUACCUAAUGGCUGAAGACAGCAACCGAGACACCCUGCCAGGAACGGGGCCUCUCCAGGAGGCCCUCAGGGCACUGCUGCCCCGCACUAAAGAAGAACUGAAGUUGGACCUCAGUGAGAAUGUGCAUAGGAGUGUGCUGAUUCUGCUGCAGCAAGCCACCAACCUCUUCUAUGAGGACAGAAGGAGCGAGUGUCUGCAGACAACUGAGGCACUCCUUGACUACUCCUGGGAGAAACUCAAUACUGGGGUGUGGCGGGACGUGGACAAAGACUGGCGUCGGGUUUAUUCCUUCAGCUGCCUUCUGAAAACCAUGUGUCUUUGUGAAACACCUGGGGACGCUACCACCGUAGCUGCAGCCCUGAAGGUCUGUGACAUGGGCCUGCUGAUGGGGGCAGCCAUCCUUGGGGACAUCCUCAGUAAAGUCGCUGCCGUCCUUCAGACCCACCUGCUGUCUGGAAAAAGGCCUGCCCAAGGCCCAGCCCAGGAGCAGCCUGGCAUAAAGAAAGCCAGGAAUGGCCACACUUCGAUUCCAGAUACGAGGUCAGAAGAAGCAGUUCCCCGACUUCACUGUCCGUCCCUCCAGUAUUUCAGGAAACAUUAUUUGGUUCCACAGAGGCCUGUGAUUUUAGAGGGCGUGGCCGACCAUUGGCCGUGCAUGAAGAAGUGGAGUUUGGAGUAUAUCCAAGAAAUUGCUGGCUGCCGAACAGUCCCGGUGGAAGUUGGCUCCAGGUACACGGACGAGGAUUGGUCCCAGAGACUCAUGACGGUCAGUGAGUUCAUCAGCAGGUACAUCCUGAAUGAGCCAAAGGACAUCGGGUACCUGGCCCAGCACCAGCUCUUUGACCAGAUCCCGGAGCUGAAGCAAGACAUUGGCGUCCCUGAUUACUGCUGCCUGGGCGACGGGGAGGAAGAAGAGAUCACCAUCAAUGCCUGGUUUGGGCCCCCAGGCACCAUCUCCCCCCUUCAUCAGGACCCCCAACAAAACUUCCUAGUCCAGGUGCUUGGGAGGAAAUAUAUCCGGCUGUAUUCCCCACAGGAGUCAGAAGCUUUAUAUCCUCAUGAUACGCACCUUCUUCAUAACACAAGCCAGGUCGACGUGGAGAAUCCUGACUUGGAGAAGUUCCCCAGGUUUGCUGAGGCCCCGUUCCUGUCCUGCGUCCUGUCUCCUGGAGAAAUCCUGUUCAUCCCGGUUAAAUAUUGGCAUUAUGUGCGAGCCCUGGACUUGAGCUUCUCGGUCAGCUUCUGGUGGUCCUAGCCAGGACAAGAGGGGCCUGCUCUGUGCCCAUAUGGCGUUGGGUCCUGGAAUCUGCAGACAAGUUGCCUAGGCCUGUGUCCUGAAGAAGCAUUCACUGGGGGCCGAGCUGUGGCUCCGGGCCGGCACAGCAGAGUGCCCAGGCCAGCUGUAUGCAUCAGAGGCAGGCACAGGAGGGCCCAGAGGGACAUUCCAGGCCACACUGUGUGUGGUGGGCAUGACAAGGCCUGAAGAGUGUAGGAAACAGGCAGGCAGCAUGUGCUCUGAGAUUGGCUGCAUGGGUUUGAACCCAGCUCCACUGCUUCACUGCCACAUGACUUUGGGCAAGUGUGUCCCUCUGAAAACAGGACAGCACUGGGCCUCAUUACAGAGGGUCUGAAAGGGGGAGCGUGUGCAGAGCCCCUGCUGCUCCCCAGCCCUGUGACUGAAGAAAGGCAAGCAUAUCCCGACAGCUGACACCAGAAAUGUCCCAGGCUCCUACUUGCUAGCAGACUCACUGAUUAGUGACAUUUAUGCAGUGUGUCUGGAUUUGACAUUUGUCACUCCAGAACAUGAGGUAAACAGUAAUCUGUGCCAAACCAAUCAUAAAGGAAAUUUUAAAAGCUUAUAGUAAGCCUAAAAAAAGUGCAAUUUUACUAACACUCAGAUAUAGGCGGUUAAAGCUACCAACUAAAUUAUAGCACAAUUUUUAAAAAACUCAGACGCAGUGCUGAGGGGGUAAGAUGUCAUGCUGGCAGUUUAGCUCCACAGAAUCUCAGCAGAAAUCAUGCACGCAUCAGGUUGCUGAUCCCACUAACAGAUGCCCACCCUCAGGAAACACCAGAGCUGGUCAAACAUACACAAUUGGCCAUCACAGCAUCACUUGUAAUAGCAGGUCUUAAGGAAAAAGCUCCAUUGUCUUCAUUACACAAAAUCCUCUUGGAAUACUGCUGACACCUGGUCACCAGAUGUAUGGGGUCCACAGCAAGCAAUUCUGCAACACCA